CAUUUCUACCCCUCCAAUCUCACAAACGCCCCUCUCGAACUUCGCAUAGCCUGUGUUUUUUUUGAACAAAAGAAAAUUCAGCCAUGAGGCUAAUCAAGCAAAAUAUAGAGCGCGAUGGCUCUGGAAGCGUAACGCUAUACCCGGAAGAACCCGAGGACAUGUGGCACGCCUACAACCUGAUACGACCAAAUGAUCUACUUCGAGCUUCCGCACUCCGCAGAGUGACAACAGAGUCUUCGACUGGCAGCACUGCCUCGCAUCGGGUGCAAACGACCCUUUCCAUUCGUGUUACUGGAAUUGAUUUCGAUCCACAAGCCGGACAGCUACAUGUUGCUGGUCGAAUCGCGGAGGAAAACAAAUAUGUCAAAAUCGGUCAAUAUCAUACGCUUGAUCUGGAGCUACAGAGGAACUUUACCUUGGAAAAAGGCGAAGGGUGGGACAGCGUCGCGCUGGACGUGAUACGGGAGGCUAUUGACCCCCAGAAGAGAGCGGAUAUUGCAGCAGUGGUGAUGCAAGAGGGUCUUGCCAAUAUUUGCUUAAUUACCGAGCACCAGACAAUUUUGCGACAACGUAUAGAGUCAAACAUUCCGCGGAAGAGGCAGGGAAGAUCAGGAGAUCACGACAAGGGCUUGACGAAGUUCUUUGAGACUACACUUGAAACCCUUCUGCGACACGUAGAUCUAUCCGCGCCAAAACCUAUUCUCCUCGCCUCCCCCGGAUUUACUGCUGCAAGCUUCCAGAAGUAUAUAAUCGACACCGCGACCUCUACGGGCGACAAGGCAUUGCUCGCCAACAAGUCGAACUUUCUUGUUGUCCACUCAUCUUCAGGGCAUUUGCAUUCCCUGAACGAAGUUCUCAAGUCGCCAGAAGUGCUGGCUCGCUUGAAGGAUACAAAAUACGCUCGAGAGACUCGACUUAUGGAUGACUUCUUCACACUCCUAAGGAAAGACGACGGAAGGGCCUGGUAUGGGCCGAAUGAGGUUUCCAAAGCAGUUGAUAAAAGUGCGGUUGGAAGAGGUGGUGGAAUCCUUCUGAUUUCCAAUUCUUUGUUCCGGUCGCAAAGCGUGAGUGAGCGGCGAAGAUGGGUUUCUCUGGUAGACAGGGUUAACGAGGAGGGCGGCGAGGUUCGCAUAUUGAGCAGCCAGCACGAAAGUGGAAAGCGGCUUGAAGCUUUGGGAGGAAUAGCAGCUAUUCUGACAUUUCCGUUGGAAGACCUUGACGAAGAGGAGGAGGCUGAGGAUACCGAAGAUACGCCAAAUGCGGACAUGGGGAAUCUGCAGAUUUGAGAUCCCUUUAUGAAUAUUUCCAUGAUGUGAUGUCAUAGACUCUCGCAAUAUAGAUACCAAAAGUAAUUGCAUUUAAACUUCCG